GUGAUAACCACAAGGCAGGCUCACUGUUGCAGCAGUUGUGUCAUCUCUGACCAUUUACUUAAACAAAAAAAAAAAUAAAUCUACCUCAGUCUUUUCUGCUGUAGCCUUUACCCCAGUCUACCUCAGGUAAAGAAGGUAAGGAACCUUUUACACCAUCAUCAUCAUCAUCAUCACCAUCAGCUGCAGCGAUGUUCUCUUGUUCCUAUUCUCUCCUGCUGGUUCUACUGAUCCUUCAGUGCUACACAACGUGCAACAAUGAAGUAAUGACCCGCUUCUGUUUGAGUACAGAUACACAUUCCCAAACAGAGAAAGCUACAACUGCACCUCAACAGGAACGACACCACACAGGGACAUCGCAGGAAAGUUCACGUCCAGACCUGGAGGAAUGUUGUAUCGAUUUCUCUUUUACACUGCCUUCGAGUAAAGCUUCAAUAAGACAUGAAGAAACCGGAGUGGGCUGUCGAGAGCGUGUCGUCGUGGAAAAGACCAUCACCAGUCUAUGUGAAGAGCACGAAUGGGUGGAGAAAGUCUUCAAAGCUUAUGACUGGUGUCUGAUGAAAGGUUACGCAGCUAAACAGGACAGCUGUGAAAUUCACCCCUUGUCCGUCAGUAAUUUUUUCGAUGCAAAAACCGCAGACGACUGCUGUUACCUGUUCUGUCAAACUCCAGCCAAAGUCUUUACGACUCAAGAAGAAAAAACACACAACCUCUGUGAACAAAUCAGCUUCAAUGUUACCCUCCGUACCACAAGUGACUGUACAAGAAACCACAAUAGUUUGGCUCGUGAGUUCAUCAGAACAACUUACAACUGCCUGAGGUGGGCUUUCUGAGAUGUUGUUAUCAGCUGAAAAGCACAACCUAAACUUCAAUCCUCUCUCCAUUAAUCAGAAAUGAGUCUGUACUGAGACAAAGAUUUUAUAAAUCACCUCUGAUGAUAAACCUUGCUUGAAUGAAUUUGAGAUUCUGUAAACCACUUUAUAGCAAUAUAUGCUGUAUACAUAUGCGACUUUACCAUGUCUAUUUCCUGAAUUACAGUUCGAUCAUAAAACCAAACAAAAAGCAACAACUAGUGUCACAGACCAUUGCAACCAUGCUUGGACCCCUCGAUCACUGCUUGCUGAUAUAUUUAAGUUGUAUUUUGCUUAACUGCAUUUACAAACCUGCCUAUUUGUUUAUCAGUAACACAUGACAAUGUGAUUAUUAAGCAUUAAUGUCACUCAUUUGUGUGUGUGUAUAUUUUUAUAUAUACAGGAUAUAGGAUUAGAACAGUGGUUCCCUACCGUUUUUGUCCUUCAACCUAAAUUUGUCUCCCUGAAGAUGAUAAGCAGGCUGUGUCUUAAUCUUUUGUGUUGAAAAAGUUUAUUAAAAACAUAUUUACAGCUUUAAUCUAUGCAACCUUGCCUUGUUUGGUUUUAUGGCCAAAUGUUAUGGUUUUCCUGUUUUGCUUCCAAAUGUCUUUUUAAAUAAACCCUGGCUUCGUACUUUAACUAGAAAGCUGCUUCACACAUAUCACACACUUGGGAAAGGGUCUGGCUUUGUCGUGAUCUGUGCACAUAAAUAUUCAUCCCUGUACUUACAGAACUUUUCCCACUUUGGAGCUUUUGUUGACUAGCUUGUGCAGGUUCUUCCUCUUGUGACUUUUGUUUUACUGAUGUGUCCAUCCGAUGGAUUGGCACCCUGUCCAGGGUGUACCCCGCCUUGUGCCCAAUGCUCCCU